AUUGUCUUAUGGAUAACUUUGACCAAAAGUUCAAGGUUACAGGAAACGACAAGUGCGCUUGAACGGAAUUACAUAAACUACAUGUAAAUCUUCAAAAUAGAAAUGGCUAGUUCGGCAGUGGUCAAGAUAGCUCCAGUAAAAAGAGCCUUAUUGCAAUUAAUUCAGGCAAGAUGUGCACAGACAGCUGCAGCAACAGAGGUUGCCCCAAGAAUGAAGAAAUUCUCCAUCUACAGAUUUAACCCAGAAAAGCAAGGUGACAAACCCAAAGUACAGACAUAUGAACUGGAUCUAAACAAAUGUGGUCCUAUGGUUUUGGAUGCAUUGAUCAAGAUAAAAGAUGAAUUGGAUCCAACUUUGACCUUUAGAAGGUCAUGCAGAGAGGGUAUUUGUGGAUCAUGUUCUAUGAACAUUGGCGGUGAAAACACACUAGCAUGUCUACGAAAAAUAGACCCUAACACCAGUAAAGCUAUGAAGAUUUAUCCCUUGCCACAUAUGUAUGUCAUUAAAGAUCUUGUUCCAGAUAUGAGUAACUUUUAUGCCCAGUACAGAGCUAUUGAACCCUACCUCAAAAAGAAGGAUGGAUCAGAGAAAGAUAUUGGUAAAACACAGUACCUACAGUCAGUAAAGGAUAGAGCUAAACUGGAUGGUUUAUAUGAGUGUAUAUUAUGUGCAUGCUGUAGUACAUCUUGUCCUAGCUACUGGUGGAAUUCUGAUAAAUAUCUUGGCCCAGCUGUUCUCAUGCAGGCAUACAGAUGGAUGAUUGAUUCCAGAGAUGAUUUUACCAAUGAAAGAUUGGCCAUGAUGGAAGAUAAGUUUUCUGUCUACAGAUGUCAUACAAUUAUGAACUGUACAAAGACUUGUCCUAAGGGAUUGAAUCCAGGUCUGGCUAUAGGAGAGAUCAAGAAGAUGUUAGCUCUGUAUCAGAGUGAAGCAAAGACAGCCAAAGCUUAAGUAGACAUGGCCAAAGAUUAAUCCAACUUAUGAUGGAUUAAGUCAGAUCUUGUGAUAGAGUGACAUCGUUUUUAAAAAGUUUUCCAUCUACUUUUAUAAUAUUUUAGUUGUUAUCCUAUCUUCUUGUUUUUUGUGUUUAGGACUUUACUAUUGGCCUUUUAUCAUUUGGUUUAAAAGUUAUGCUGUUAAUAGAAACAGAAAAAGAGAAGAAAAACUAACAUAUUAUGGAAUAAUAAUAAUAAAAAAGAAUAUUGUUAGAAUUAUAUGUAUUGUUGUGUGUUAAUAUCUAAUGUCAGAUGUAAUUUAACACAAUCAGAAUUCUUGUCUGAAAAAAAUGUUUGAAUUCAAUUUAUGAAUGUCUUCCUGAAAAGUGAAUUUUUAUAUCUUUAUUUUGAAUUCUUCCAAUCAAUGCUGAAUGAUAGCACAUAGAAAUCUAAUGGUAUUUUCUAUUCAAUUCUACUGCUUACUGCCAUAAUACUGGAGUAAUAAAUACAACAUAGUAGUAAUUAAUAAUAUAUGUAAUCAAAGCUUUGCUUUAAUAUUAUAAAAACAGCUUUACAAAAAGAAAAUAUGAAAAAUUCUCUUGUAGAAAGAAAAAUAUCGUUUUGCAUUUAUAUAACUCAGUUAAACACUCUAAUUCAAUACUUGCACAUCAUGUUAAAAUUGUUGGAAGAGGAAUUUAGUUAAAUAAACAAUUAGAAUUAGAUUAGCUUUUCUUAUCGAUAUUUGGGUUUUAAUUUUAAAUGAAAACCAUGUAUCAUGGUUGCAGAUAAUGCUAAAUAAUAAAAUGAUUCUGAGUAACAAAAUGAAAUCCUUUUAUUCUGGCACUCAUUUUACUAAAAAUCAGUAAGUUAUAUGUUUUAUGGUUUUAAAAAGAUUCGUGUAUCCUCUGGUUUUGUGAAAACCAAACAUUGUAUUCUGUUAAAUAAGUAAUAUAUGCCUUUAAAGCUUA